CUCACUUCCGCUGGGCCGGCGGCAGCUGCAGAGACCGAGGCCCGGGCCGCGCGGAGGGAGCGGCCGGAGCCCGAGAGCAGACCCGCGACUGGGCACUUGGCAUUGGCUGCUGUUGGAAGACAGGAUACUGGGCUAGAUGAACCUUUGGUCUGACCCAAUACUACCAUUCUUAUGAGACCGAGACGCACUACAAACCAGGGACCAAAAUGACAGACUCCAAGUACUUCACCACCACAAAGAAAGGGGAGAUCUUUGAGUUGAAGGCAGAGUUGAACAGUGACAAGAAGGAGAAGAAGAAAGAGGCAGUGAAGAAGGUGAUCGCAUCCAUGACCGUUGGCAAAGAUGUCAGUGCACUCUUCCCAGAUGUGGUGAACUGUAUGCAGACCGAUAACCUAGAGCUGAAGAAGCUGGUCUACCUGUACCUGAUGAAUUAUGCCAAGAGCCAGCCAGACAUGGCCAUUAUGGCUGUCAACACCUUCGUAAAGGACUGUGAGGAUCCCAACCCUCUGAUCCGGGCUCUGGCUGUGCGGACAAUGGGCUGCAUCCGGGUGGAUAAGAUAACAGAGUAUCUCUGUGAGCCCCUGAGGAAGUGUCUGAAGGAUGAGGACCCCUAUGUGCGCAAGACAGCAGCAGUCUGUGUUGCAAAGCUUCAUGACAUCAAUGCUCAGCUUGUGGAGGACCAAGGUUUCCUGGACACACUGAAGGACCUCAUCUCGGAUUCCAACCCUAUGGUGGUGGCUAAUGCAGUAGCAGCCCUUUCGGAAAUAGCAGAGUCUCACCCAAGCAGUAACCUGCUGGACCUGAACCCUCAAUCUAUUAACAAGCUGCUGACGGCCCUGAAUGAGUGCACUGAGUGGGGCCAGAUCUUUAUCCUGGACUGUCUGGCUAACUACAUGCCCAAGGAUGACCGGGAGGCACAGAGCAUCUGUGAACGGGUGACGCCCCGGCUGUCCCAUGCCAACUCUGCUGUGGUCCUGUCAGCAGUGAAAGUGCUGAUGAAGUUCAUGGAGAUGCUGUCAAAGGACCUGGAUUAUUAUGGCACCCUGCUGAAGAAGUUGGCUCCUCCUCUGGUCACGCUGCUCUCAGCGGAGCCUGAGCUGCAGUACGUGGCUCUCCGCAACAUCAACCUCAUUGUGCAGAAGAGGCCUGAAAUCCUGAAGCAUGAGAUGAAAGUGUUUUUUGUGAAGUACAAUGACCCCAUCUACGUAAAACUGGAGAAACUGGACAUCAUGAUCCGUCUGGCUUCCCAGGCCAACAUUGCUCAGGUGCUUGCUGAGCUGAAGGAGUAUGCAACAGAAGUGGAUGUGGACUUUGUGAGGAAGGCAGUCCGAGCCAUCGGCCGCUGUGCCAUCAAGGUUGAGCAAUCAGCGGAGCGCUGCGUCAGCACGCUGCUCGACCUAAUCCAGACCAAAGUCAACUAUGUGGUGCAAGAAGCCAUUGUGGUUAUCAAGGACAUCUUCCGCAAGUACCCGAACAAGUACGAGAGCGUGAUUGCUACCCUGUGUGAGAAUCUGGACUCCCUCGAUGAGCCCGAGGCCCGGGCUGCCAUGAUUUGGAUUGUGGGAGAAUAUGCUGAGCGAAUUGACAACGCAGAUGAGCUACUGGAGAGCUUUCUGGAGGGCUUCCAUGAUGAGAGCACUCAGGUCCAGCUGCAGCUGCUGACUGCCAUUGUGAAGCUCUUCCUAAAGAAGCCCACUGAGACCCAGGAGCUGGUGCAGCAGGUGCUGAGCCUGGCUACUCAGGACUCUGAUAAUCCAGACCUGCGGGACCGUGGCUACAUCUACUGGCGUCUGCUCUCCACUGAUCCUGUAGCUGCCAAGGAAGUGGUGCUGGCAGAGAAGCCCCUCAUCUCCGAGGAGACGGAUCUGAUUGAGCCGACCCUGCUGGAUGAGCUGAUCUGUUACAUUGGCACGCUGGCCUCUGUCUAUCAUAAGCCUCCCAGUGCCUUCGUGGAGGGGAGCAGAGGCAUUGCGCACAAGAGCUUGCCUCCGCGGACAGGGUCGAGUGAAAGUGCAGAGAGCCCUGAUGCAGCCCCAUCAGGAGCCCCACCUUCAGAACAACCAGCUGUCAUCCCAACUCAGGGUGACCUCCUUGGUGACCUUCUGAACCUUGACCUGGGCCCUCCAGUGAGCGGACCUCCUGUUGCUACAUCCUCUGUGCAGAUGGGGGCUGUGGAUCUUCUUGGAGGUGGCUUGGACAGCUUGAUGGGGGACGAGUCUGAAGGGCUGAGAAGCGAUGUAGGAGGCAGUCCUGCAAUGAGUGGUACUACCUUUACAGCUCCCAGCACGGUGAUGCCUGCAAACCUCGGGCCGCCCCCCAGCAGUGGCUUGGGAGACCUCUUUGAUCUGGCCGGUGGCGUGGGCACACUGUCAGGAUCCCAUGUGGCACCCAAAACUGUCUGGCUCCCAGCCAUGAAGGCCAAGGGCCUGGAGAUUUCUGGCACAUUCAGCCGCCAGGUGGGCGCCAUCUCCAUGGAUCUCUUACUAACUAACAAGGCCUUGCAGGUCAUGUCUGACUUUGCCAUCCAGUUCAACCGUAACAGCUUCGGCCUGGCACCAGCUGCUCCUCUUCAGAUCCACGCCCCUCUUGCUCCCAACCAGACUGUGGAGAUCUCCCUCCCUCUGAACACAGUUGGCUCUGUCAUGAAGAUGGAUCCUCUCAACAACCUCCAGGUUGCAGUGAAGAACAACAUUGAUGUGUUCUACUUCAGCACCUUGUACCCACUGCACAUCCUCUUUGUGGAAGAUGGGAAGAUGGAGCGGCAGAUGUUCCUGGCCACCUGGAAGGACAUUCCAAAUGAGAAUGAAGCCCAGUUCCACAUCAAAGAUUGUCCUCUCAGUGCAGAUGCUGUUAGCAGCAAGCUUCAAGGCAGCAACAUCUUCACCGUUGCCAAGAGGAACGUAGAGGGCCAAGACAUGCUGUACCAAUCUCUCAAACUGACCAAUGGGAUCUGGGUCCUGGCAGAGCUACGAAUCCAACCCGGCAGUCCCAGUUUCGCUCUGUCUCUGAAGUGCCGAGCGCCCGAGGUAUCCCAGUAUGUUUACCAAGCAUAUGAAACCAUUCUGAAGAACUGAGGCACCCUCCUCCUCCUCCUCUCUCUCCCCCCGCAUCCCAGAUGAGGAAAUGGGGACCAGAACCUGUGGGCAUGUUUCUUCUUGACCUUGGAAGGAACAAAUGCAAGAUCAAGAUACUCUGGAAACUUCAAACUGGCGUCCCCCGACGCUGAAAAUGGUGUGAGCGGCAGUGCCUAGCAUUCCAUCUUCAGCUCUCUGGGGAUGGGGUGGGAAGACGGGGGGCAGGGGGAGGGAUCUUGUUGCAAUUCAAUGCAUCAGUGGAGAAUUUUUUCAUGUGAAGUAAUGCAGUGUCCUCUUUGCUGAUGUUUCCCCUUUAAGAGCCCUGUUUUUUGCCCUUGUACUCUUACUGAAAUUAAGAGCGUGCGUGAGACUCUGGGUGGGAAGGCAGUGCCCACUGAGUCUCAUUACUAUCUUCAAAUCCAUCUCCCCUGACCUUCCCAGACAAAUAAAUGAAUUGACACUUUGGUGCUUAAAUAUGGCUUGUGCUACAUCGCCAAGCCCAGCCCUGGGAAGUCAGUGGUGAUGAGUCUCUUGCAUUUGAACGCAUGUAUUGUCUGGUGAAGAAUUCAUUGCUAAUAACCCCUCUUCUGAUGGGAUAGCUAUGCUGAAGCACUGCUUCUUCCUCCUCCUUCCAUGGUGACUUGUUGUUUGGGGUGGAUUUGCUUCCAGUCCUGCUUGGGAAAAAUCCAGAAGCAUCACUUGUGCUGAUCUGUGCUUAAUGUGCCUCUGAGCCUCCCUUAUUUCUAGGAGUGGACAAUAAAAAGGGACUCUUUGCUGAAGCUUGGCACAAGUUCUCAGCCUGGGGGGGAUUGUGGGAAUUUGGGGGCAGGGGGUGGUGUAACAGGAGUAGGAAACGAUUUGGGGCUCUUUGUCUCCGCAGAUCGAGUUUUUUGUAACUUGCCGAAAGCUUUGUGUCUGCAGAGUGGACCGCUUCAAAGGCAGCUUGCUAAUGAUGAAUCGUUGCCUUGAGUAUUUUUUCAAGGCAGCAAAUCUUCAUUUAGACCUCUCCUUCCCCCUUUGAAAUUUAACUGACCAAGGAACUUGCUUUUCUUUGUUCUGCGGAUACAAGCUUCAUUCCUUUCCCUCUGCAAGCCCUCAGGUUCCAUAAGGGAUGGUGCUGUUCCAGACCUGGUGCUCUUAUACCCUGAAACAGAGAGAGCUUGGUAGAUUUCAUCUGCUCCUUUAAAAGGCUAGUUUGAGUUUACCCCCAAACACUGAGGUUCCCUUAAGCAGAGGGCUUGAUCGCUUCCUAGGCUGUAGGGGUUUAACAGGAGUAAUCUGUCUUGGAACAGAAUAGCCCCUUUUCUUGCACUGCAACCCCCCAUUCAGCAUGUAUUUCCUCAGUCUGGUUGGGAUAGUCAAAAAACCUAGGGGGCUAGGUACCACUGGAAGUCACAAUCUGUACCCACAACUGCUGUGAAGAGGGCUGUUACCAUUUCUGGGGGACAUAAUGCACGCUCAGAAUUAACACAAGGAAGGACAAAAUACACACUGUUAGUAUUAGGGCCACAGAGAGUCCAUAGGAGAUGGCUCUGAAGACUAAUAAGGGAUGUACCAAACCAUAUGCUAAUAUUCAUUAUAAUCCUCCCAUCACCAUGGAAUGCUGGUUCUUGAAUUGAGCUUUCCAGGAAGGAGUUUCGUCAUUUUUAUGACUGGUUCGCUAACUGCCCUGGGACACAUCAGGCUUCUGUUGCUGUCUCUGUGAGGCUCCCCCUCCUGUCUGUGUGCCGUUCCGAUUCCUUAACCACAACAGCAGAUGCGAUCAGCCAUCCAAACAAACUCACUCCCCAUCACUGUUCUCAGUAUAGGUUUUGGUGGGUUGGGAGUGGGUGGCAUCUGCAUUUUUGUGCCCUUAGGGCUCGUGUAACUCUCCUGUGCUCAUCAGCUACAGCAAUCCCAGCAGACCUGGGGCCCGGCUGUUUCUCUGCUGAGCAUUUAAGGCUUUUCCUAUUUGUUGCUGCUGUAGUGGGGAGGGAGGGGAAGGGGAUACUGCCUUUGGAAAUCAGUGACACUAAUGUUUUUCCCCCUCCAGAAAUAAUAAAAGCAAUUGACCGCCCUUAAAUAGAAGUGUUUGGUGCGAGUUUUCAGAUCCCUACAGUAAAUAUAGUGUGUGUGUGUGUGUGUAUGUAUAUAGUAUGUUUUACUUGUGUUUUAAAAGAAGUAACAUUGAAUAAAGGUGACAUCUUCCCAUCAAUCUGCUCUGUGUAGAGGACAGGGUCAGGGAAAUAGAUGGCUCCGAGUGAGAGAUGCUCCUUCUAUGCUGGUCUCUGCUGUCUCUGAUUGCUUGGUUGCUAAAUUGCCUUGCUACUCACACACACUUCUUCCACCUCUGGCAUCAGUUCAGCCCUUUCCCCUGAGUUUAUUGCUGCUGAUCAGCCAUGUGGCCUGCAGGGGAGGAACUGUCCUAUUGAGAAAUCAGAGCAGGGUUCUGUCCCUUCCAGAAGAGCUUUAUACAGGUGCAUUUCCCCCCAGCAGGACCCCAAAAGGGUUGUUUGUUACUAAGUGGCAGCCAAGGAUUCCAGCAGCUUGAGCGUCCUCAGGCUAUGUCUACACUACAGCUGGAUCGAUGCACCGGGGGUCGAUUUAGCGGGUCUACUAGACCCGCCAAAUCGACCCCAGAUCACUCUCCGGUCAACUCCGGUACUCCACCCCGAACGAGAAGAGUAAGGUAAGUCGACUGGAGAGUGUCUCCCAUUGACCCAGCGUGGUGUAGACACCGCAGUAAGUCGACCUAAGUUACAUCAACUCCAGCUAUGUUUUUCAUGUAGCUGGAAUAGCGUAACUUAGGUUGACUUACUGCAGUAGUGUAGACAUAGCCUCAGUGUGGUGUCUGGGCCAGCCUAAGAUAUUGGCCAGCAGGAGCUAUUAAAACUUGAUCAGCACUUUCCGCUCAGAGCAGAGACCACAGGGUGUUUUAUGUAUCUGAACCGUGUGAAGACUAGCUGAUCACAUCACUCCGCACUGGCUAGCCACAACUGGUGUCGCCCAUAUGGCCGUCAGCUCAGGUGGUCAUUGGUAUCCAUGCCAUCCUCUCUCUCUCUCUGUCAGCCACUGACCUGAAAAUCCAACCCCCUUUCCAUUACUGCAGCCUUGGACACCUGCUACUAUUGCUUUUCAGUCUGUCUUUGAACUUCCUUCUGCUUGAAAGCCUGUGGAGGAGUAUAGACAGCAAUAAUCUCCCCUUCACUGAAUAGAGCAGGAGCCGAUGCAACACACCCUUCUGAACACAAGAGGGAGCUCAGAAGUGGGAGUAGAGGAGAGAGUAAGCUGGGGAAAGCUGUUCCAUUCCUCCUGUCCUAGUCUCAGGUAUGUACUGCAUUUACUCCUGUUCUCAACUCAAGUUGACGUGGAAUCGCUUUCCCAGCCUCUGCUGUGUCUUCAGGGGAGUAAAAGCUUGUAUACAGAUACGGACUUUAUCGCUCCAGGUGGUCCAAAGUGGUUGGGUUGGAGGUAAUGGGGAGAAGGUCUGGACUCCCAUAGUCCUGCCCACUUUCUCUCCCUAUCCCUCACUGCUGUGUGUAGAAUAUGUAAAUGCUAAGGGUAAAAUCCAUGCCUCAUUGAAAUCAAUUGGGAGUUUUCCCAUUCACCUCAGUGGGGCCAGGAUUUUACCUUCAAUAUUUUAAUAUGGGACUACCAACAGAUAAGCAGUCUCCUGUCCCAGUGUAUUUGAAGAGUGGGUAAGGAAAGGUCUGCAACAGUCAUUUACUCUCGGCAUUGGUAGACUGAGCAUCAGCUGCCGAUGAAUCCUGUGGAAUAGAAAGAGCCAAGGCUGUAAUGCCUUGUAAGAGAGCACUGCAGUGCAGCUGGAAUGUGCUGCUUCGCUGAGCUAUUAGCUGGGUAUUGCUGAGGUCUCUUGAACUUCCUUGCUCCUAUGGAAGCCAGCUCUGUUUACAUCCCUGGAAGGAACAAGAAGCUGUAAAACGGUUGAGUGGAGUAGACUCUUAGGUCAGGAUUGUGUGUUAAUGGGCCAGUGGCCUCUGUCUUGGAUGUUACAACAAGAUUGUUGCUGAAGAUUUCAUUCUGUACUGAAUCUGCCAAGCAGAGGAGUUUGUCACUGGCCAUGGGACACGUCUCUUCCGCUGUGUCUUAACGCUUUGGCUUCCCCUUUGUCCACACAAACAGGACAAGAGGGGAUUUGAUUUAGUACACUAGUUUUGUGGUCGUUGUAGCAAUCAUUUGAAGUACACGGAGUUCAAAAGUAUGCUGCUCAGAUCCCAGUGUGACAGUUCAACCUGCUCCUGGCCCUCUGAUCAUCUAGCCUGUGUGGGGAGCCGAAGGACAGGCCUUUUAUAAUAGCUGGCUCUUACGGCACCCUUCAUCCUAAUAACACAAGAGUUUCCCAAAGGUGGUUAGUGCUGCUUUCACUUUCUCUGCCUUCUCGAACAUAGCACAUCCAACACUGGAAUAGAGACACAGAGGUGAAGUGACUUGCAGUGAUCACACAGCAAGUCCCUUCCUAGUCCUCUGCUCUAUUAGACCUGCUACUGCCUCCUAUCAGGGUAAAACUAUCGAAACACCUGUUUGUUUGCUGCACUUGCUGAGGCUUAAUGGCUCAUCAGUCCCUUCCUUUGCCAGCGGCAAAGAUUAAUGCAUUCUGCUGGUCUCUGCACUUGGGCUGGACCUGGCACUGUCUGUCACGCAGGUCACUGCUCUCCAAUCUGUGCAAUGACUGCCUAUUUCUUCUUAACCAUAAUGGAGUUGGACAAAUCCCUUCUCCCUGGCCUGCUGCUUUCACAGCUCCUCCCAUGCCCAGUCUGACCGAGCUGCCUUCACCCCAUGUAAUCCAUUGAUAACACCAAUUAAAUUAAAAGGAGGCAUUAGCCCUUUUGCCAGGGAGACGGAAGAACGGGGGGGGGGGGGGGUCAGGGGGCAGAAAGUAUGCCACGGUGUUUGUUGUGGGUGUUUACCUGCUGACCUUCUAUCUCCUAUCCAAUCGGCACAAGAUUAGUUUACUCAGACCCAGUCUGAACACAUGGUUGGCCCGGUUAAACUAACAGGGUAAUGGGGUUUUUGUAUGGCUUAUACCUGGUUUAUAUCAGCUUAGCUAGUAUCAGUAAAUGCACAGGUACAAGUGAAGCGGAGAGAAGCCGUUCUAGACGGCUGUGAGAAAGGGCCUGCACAAAAAGUUGCACUAGUUUAACUAAACAGAUUGAAUUUAAGCCAGCACAGCCGCUUGUGGCUGAGCACUCGGUGAUCAUUUAUCCCGGUGACAGCUGUAUCUUAGCCUAAUAACUCCUUGGUAUUGGAUCGCUGUAUAAUUCAAUCCAGGCAACAGGUAUGUGUAAAAACCACUCGGGAGCGUCCUUCCCCCGGGUCCGAUCAGCUGUGAGGUAGUUGUGCCCAGAGGGAUUCAAAAUGACCCUGCCCUUGUAACUGGCUGCUGGGGAGGAAGAGGGGACUAGGAAGGUGGCUGCAAGUGCUCCCUGCCAUCGCUGUAGCAGGCCCAGUGUCAUGGGCAGGAUGAGAACCAGGAGCUGGUUUGCUUUUCAGAGGCUCGUUCACCUGCACAUCCACCAAUGGAUAUAUGCCAUCAUGUGCCAGCAAUGCCCCUCUGCCAUGUACAUUGGUCAAACUGGACAGUCUCUACGUAAAAGAAUAAAUGGACACAAAUCAGAUGUCAAGAAUUAUAACAUUCAAAAACCAGUCGGAGAACACUUCAAUCUCUCUGGUCACGCGAUUACAGACAUGAAAGUUGCGAUAUUACAACAAAAAAACUUCAAAUCCAGACUCCAGCGAGAGACUGUUGAAUUGGAAUUCAUUUGCAAAUUGGAUACAAUUAACUUAGGUUACCUUGCAUGACUUAGCCACUCCCAGUCUCUAUUCAAGCCUAUUUCCCCUUGUUUUUUCCUCCCUCCCUCCCCCCCCCCAUGUUCUUGUUAAACCCUGGAUUUGUGCUGGAAAUGGCCCACCUUGAUUAUCAUACACAUUGUAAGGAGAGUGAUCACUUUAGAUAAGCUCGUACCAGCAGGAGAGUGGGGUGGGGGGAGAGAAAACCUUUUGUAGUGAUAAACACCCAUUUUUUCAUGCUUUGUGUAUAUAAAAACAUCUUCUGUAUUUUUCACAGUAUGCAUCCGAUGAAGUGAGCUGUAGCUCACGAAAGCUUAUGCUCAAAUAAAUUGGUUAGUCUCUAA